CUGAGGUCGAGAAAACGUCUCUGAUGUCGGAGCAGCUGUCAGAUAAAUCCUCCUCACCGGCGCUGCCUGAUGACAUCAGCCUGGACGAGCACAGCAACUACCAGCUGCGGGACAGGGACUGUAAGGAGGAGCAGGGCAGCGCUGACCUGAGCACAGACAAGGUUGUGUGCAGAAGAUUCCAUCCUCCGAGCGAGGCCUGCAGUCCUGGGCGAGACAGACGGGAUCAUCAGCUCCAGUCUCCAGCUCACCGCGGAGAUGGCAGUCAGACGUCUUCACCUCUCUUUCAUCUCCCGGCUGAGUUCUUCCACCCCACCACUGCUGCAAUUCCACAGGGCAGCCCAGCCAUCAGAGCGGCACCGCCGGGCUCCAGACACGCAUCUCCGGCCUCAUGGGCUUCUCUCAGGUCCCCAGGGGCCAACAGCAGGGUCAUGGGCUCUCAGACGUCCCAGAGUAACUCCUCGCUGGCCACGGGCAGUUCGGUGAGCAGCCUGCAGACCAUGCUGGAGGAGGGCAUCUCUACGCUACCCCUGAUCUGCAGAACCCACAUUCCUCCUCCAGAACUCACCCAGAGACCUUGUACACCACAGACUCUGCUCAACCUCCAGGCCACCAGGGGGCGCCAGAGGAAUCAGAGCAGAUACAGUGACUGCACAAAUCCUAACUUGAUCCGACAGGACCCCUCCGAUGAGGACACUGGAUCCGGGAUUAGGACUGGAGGACCCGGUCAGGCUGGUAAUCUGGAACAGUUAUCGGAUAAUCUGAGUAGCUACUCUUUGACGUCCCUGCACCCGCCUGAUUCGCUGGCGCCGCCGUUGGCCAAGAAGUGCAACAGCACUGGGAGUUUAGUACUGGGGAGUCUAGCGGUCCGGAAUAAAGAUGGGAGGUGCCUUUAUGGAUUCGAUCUCUGGACUGAAGCAACAAGUGAGGAAACUGAGAGGGAUGCAUCCCUGGUUGGCACCAAGACGUGCAACCAGACUUAUAAUGGUGGUAGAAGCAGAAACAUGAACCCUGAUCCUAAACCCAGUGAGCUGCCCAGCUAG